AUGGCUUUGCCAACGCCGACAAUUGAUCUCCUGCUGAACCUCAUCGACACGCGCCCACAGGCUAUCCUCACGUCCUUGGCACAGCAUCCCCAGCUCGCCUCUGCCCGCGAUGCGCACGGCUAUUCGCUAGUGCACGCAGCUGCAUCCUAUAACCAGCUGGAAGUGCUCCGCGACCUGGUCCAGAAACACAGCGCAAAUGUCAACAUACUAGACGAAGACGGCGAGACGCCCCUAUUUGCGUGUGAAAAAGCCGACGUCGCAAAAUGCCUGGUGGAAGAGCUCGGCGCAGACUCGUCGAUACGAAAUGAGGAGGGCAAGACAGCCGAAGAGAAGAUUGGCGAAGAGGAGGGCGAGGCGAACGAGGUCUACCAGUACCUGAAGAGCUCAAGGACUGGGGGUGCGCCAGCCAGCGCAGGCGAAGUCGAGACGGCAGACGUGCAUCCCCCACCCCCGCUGCCUGAUGGUUUGAACGUCGAGAUGGGAACCAUGUCAGAGGAGGCUGCUGGCGACGCGCCAGAUCCUGAGAUACGGCGGCGCAUCGAAGAGCUCGCUGCGCGUCCGGACUACGAGUCGGAGGAAGUGCAGAGGCAGUUGCGGGAACUGGUACAGGACGUUGUUUCGGGCAUGGGUGGAGAGCAAGAUGGUCGCAGUGUGCGGAGGAGAGUUGAUUGA